AUGCGCGAGAUGCGGCACACCGUGUCGAAGUUCAAGGAGUCUCUGUCGGAGGUCGUCGAUGGCGAGAGGCGGAAGCCCCGGAGGGACAGCGCGGAGACCAGCAUCGGCGUGUUCGUGGCCGAGGCGGACGAGCUGUCGUCCGUGCCGGAGCGUCGCUCCUCCUCCGCCAAGGGCGCCACGCCGCAGAAGGACGCCUCCUCGAAGAAGCAUGCCUCGAGGACCAGGAGGGAGAAGGCGGAGAAGGAGAAGGCCCAGCGGGAAGAGGUCUACAACGCUGUGCGAGAAGGGUUGGGGGACGACUUCGAGGUCAGCGCCAGGAGAGCGGCUGCUACUGGCAACUUCGACCUGUGA